CUCCCUGUCCGCAGGAGCACAGGUAAACCAUGGGGAUUCAAGGAUUGUUGUCGUUUGUCAAGGAAGCCUCAGAGCCGAUCCACAUCAAGAAAUACAGAGGCCAGACAGUGGCCGUGGACAUGUAUUGCUGGCUUCACAAAGGAGCUUUUGCAUGUGCUGACAAAUUAGCAAAAGGAGAAAAAACCGAGCAAUAUGUGUAUUACUGUAUGAAAUUUGUUGAAAUGUUGGACUCGUUUGGUGUCAAACCAAUACUAGUUUUUGAUGGAUGCCAUUUACCUUCUAAAAAAGAGGUGGAAAAAUCUCGCCGAGAGCGUAGGCAAGCAAACUUUCAAAAAGGGAAGCAGCUCCUUCGUGAGGGGAAGACAGCGGAAGCCAGAGAGUGUUUCACCCGCUGUGUCAACAUUACCCCUGCAAUGGCUCAUGAAGUUAUAAAAGCUGCAAGAAAAAAGGGAAUGGAUUGCAUUGUUGCACCCUAUGAAGCAGAUGCUCAACUAGCUUACUUUAACAAGACUGGCAUAGUUCAAGCAGUAAUCACAGAGGAUUCAGAUCUCCUGGCAUUUGGAUGUAAAAAGGUCGUACUGAAAGUGGACAAGUACGGGAAUGGGCUGGAGAUUGAUCAGGCUCAGUUUGGCAAGUGCAAACAACUGGGAGAUGUUUUCACUGAAGAGAAAUUCAGAUAUAUGUGUAUUCUAUCAGGAUGUGACUACUUGGCAUCUCUCCAUGGAAUAGGUUUAGCCAAAGCAUGUAAAUUGCUUAGGAUUGCCAACAAUCCAGAUAUAAUAACAGUAAUAAAGAAAAUGGGACAUUAUCUGAAGAAUAAUAUGACUGUACCAGAAGAAUACAUAGAGGGGUUCACAAGAGCAAAUAAUACGUUUCUGUAUCAACUAGUAGUUGAUCCAAUAAAACGGAAACUUGUUCCUUUAAAUCCUUACUUGGAUGACGUUGAUCCAAAGUCACUUGACUAUGCUGGACAUAACAUGGGUGACCAAACAGCUCUUCAGAUUGCUCUUGGAAAUGUAGAUAUUAAUACAAUGGAAACCAUAGAUUCUUACAAUCCAGACACUUGUAAGCCUCAAUCAGCAAAAAGUCGUGGAUGGAAUGACCAAGCAACCAGAAAGCUCCAAGCUCCACAUAUGCAUAGUAUAUGGAGCAAAAACUAUAGGCCUAAUGAAAAUGAACUUUUGGUUCCAAAAUCAGAAAUAUCGCCAGCAAAGCCCUGCACUAGGGGUAUAGAAAAAGUGAUUAGUAUUAAAAGAUUAAAGCUCUCCAGCACCCCUAAAAGACCUCGAGAAGGUAACAUAUCAGAUGGAGACUUGUUAAGUCAAUACUCCUUCUCAAAUAGUAAAAAAACUAAAGAAACUAGAAUCUCAUUAUCCGAAAACCAUUACAAAAGUCAAACUUCUUCUUGCAAAAUCCGGAAUCGUUUUGCCACUGUACUGAAGAGGAGAAAUGAAGAUGCAGGUGCUGUUGUUGUUCCUGGAACCAGAAGCAGGUUCUUCUGUAGCCCCGAAGAGAUCUGUGCAUCUGAUCAACAAGAUGAAGUCAAGGUGAUAUUUAAUGAAAUGGAUUCAGUUAGAAACAAAGACUUGACCCCAAUAAGUCCAUCCAGAAGGGUCACAGAUGAUGCUUUUGCAACGCCUGCAAGCAACAGUGAAUGUGAGAAGAAUGAAGAGCCCCCUGAACCUAUAAACAACAUUCUGAAUACAAGUGUGGCUAUGACAGAAUUUCCCUCCACAUCCAGGAAAAGUUUUAGUGCUUUCAAUUGGUCUGGAGAUAUUGGACAGAAAUGUAGAAUGCCCAGUCCUACUGGUGGGCUAGCUAUACUGCAACAGUUCCAAAGAAAAAUGGACUCAACUCAAUAUAAAUGGAGUAACAUCUCUCAAGAAGCAACACAUGUCAUUGUGCAAAGUGAUAACCAAUCCAAACUAAACAGAAUGGAGCAUUCUGAGGAAUCCAAAGAGGACGACUGUGAAAUGACAAACGCCUCACAAUCCCUGGUGGGGAUAAGCACCUCCUCAGGCAGUUUGUGCAGUGGUGUGGAUUCCUUAGGAUCCUCUCAAAAGUCCAGGAAGAGUUCAGAUUUGGAUGAAAAUAAUGAUGAUUCUACGUCAGAUGAUAGCCAGACUACCAGUCCUACAACUGCAUCAGAAUUACCAGAGAAAAUUAAAACUAUAAGGAAUAGGGUUCCUGGACUGUGCAGACUGAGCCGCAGAUCUUCCACAUCAUCCACUAAACUGAAGCCUAUGGGAUCAGCCAAAGCCAGCGGGUUAAGCAAAAAAUCCAUAGGACUACAGAAGAAUAAGUCUGCCACAAAUGAUGAGAAUAAUCCCAGAGUACAGGUUACAAUCCGUGAUUUGUGGAAGAAUUUUGGUUUUAAGAUGGAAACUGAGAAGCUUCUGCCUUUCCAGAAACCUGAACCAAUGUCUCCAGUCAAAGACAACUUUCAAACUUUAACGCCAGAGACCGAUCAAAGUAUUUUAAUGAGAUCACAAUGCAGUGCUGUACAGAGAGCCAUACAUUGGUGAGAAAGCUCACAAAAGUGCUUUACCUGAAAAUGUAUAGAAUUUUUAAAAAAAUGUAUCCAAUAUCCUUACAUUUUUGCCAUAAUGAAAAUAAAAUGUUGCUGGACUAGCCACUAGCUGGCACUAGUCUAUUCGAUAGAGAAUAUGGUGGGCAGAUCUGGUGGAUGUUAGUGGUAUUUGAUCAUCUGGUGGAUGUUCAUGGUAUUAGUUUUUACAGAUCACUAUGCAGAUGAUUGGACACUAUUAGUCCUUCUUAGUGCAAAAUGCAGCACCGUUUUCCCUCCACUUACCAGAAAAGAUUCUCUUCUGUGUUGUGAAGCCCCCUUUCAUGUCAUCAGCUAAUCAAUAUGUGUUUUUGAUUCACCUUCACGUUGGGAAGAAAUGGCUUGAACUUUAAAGCAAUGCAAAAAAUUAGAGGAGUUGAUUCAUCCUCAGGUGUGCAGAUAUUAAAGUUUGCUACAAGCAAGUCAUGUACCAGCAGAGUCGGUGAUUCAGAUAUGUGUGUUUACUACACAUUCAUGCUGAUGAGUAGCAAAGGUGCCAAUUUUCUGCCACUGCAAAGUAGUGAAGGCAGCACUCUGAAUCUGUUGCAUCUACAGAUUAGACAUGUUGAUGGUAUUUUCUUAAUGCCUUUGCCACUGCAUUACUCACUCCCCCCAACUUGUAUUCACACACUACAACUCUAGUGUUGUGCACUGCUAUUAAGUGAGGGUGCUGCAAAUUGUAUUCAUGUCAUGAAAAAGUGACCAGAGCAGUGUUGAUGAUGUAGUAAAAUCCAGCCUUUUUUAAAAUCCUUAUCACUGAGAAAUAUGGCCAGUGAAUUGGGUUUGCUGCUGAGUGGAUGUGUAUAAGGUCUGCUUGUUGCAAUAUCUUGGAUAACAAGUUGAUCAGCAUCAGAAAGGCAAAAAUGGAAUUUGAGCUAUAGUAACCAUUGCCAUUCUUUGGUUUCAAAAUCUGAAAUGGAGUUUAACCAUUGUAGAAUAAAUCCAAAGUUUUUGUAGAUGGAAUACUUUUAGGGAGCAUUAAAAUAAAUACAAUAAAUAAAAUAAAAACUUAGGUAUUUUUCAGGGUGUUUUGGGGUCUGUUUAGUCAAAAAGCAGGAAAAAAAUCAAGGGAAUAAAUUUGCUGAAAAUUGAGAUUGACUGUUAAGGAGCACAUUGAGUGGCUGUUUCUGGCAAUAUUCACAAAAAGCUGGUUCAGUCAAUACACUAGUGGGCAUUGCAAUAAGGGCAGUUUCAGAGUGUGGAUACUAAAGAAAAUUGGUGAGUUCAUGAUUUAGAAAUUAAAUUUAGAAGAAAAAUCGAUUUUUAACAAUUGACUUUCACUGCCAAAAAAUAAUUAGUGAAAAUCGUUUUUUAAAAAAUACUUUAAUAGACAUUAGGUAUUUUUAUAGAGUGGCUCUACCUCAUUUUCAUUUGAAAAAUUCCUGAUUGUAUACUGUACAGCUAAUGCCCUUAGGAAUGUAACAUAUUCUGAAAAAAUAAAGAC